UAUUUGAUCACAAACAAACGAAAUAUAUAUAGAAAUAAAAAGGAUGGAACUACCGGUAUUUUUUUGCAAUGACCCACCACCAAAGUAGCAGAGCUUUCAACAAUUCUCUUAUCUAAAACCAGUUAACAAACAAAGCCCGAUCUGCUCCUCUCAAUACCCAUACAUCCUCCUCUUUCUUUCUUUAGACGCCGCCGCAUGUUAUUUUCUUUCUAGUUCUAAAAAUCAGAGAUAAUCUCUGUAGAGAGAGAGAGAGAGAGAGGGAUUAUAGAUCAUAGAUCUAUAUCAAAGACAGAUGAGUGCAAAUAAUGGAGGGGGGCCGUGUGGCGCCUGCAAAUUCCUUCGGCGAAAGUGCGUGAAAGGGUGCAUAUUUGCACCAUAUUUUGACUCGGACCAAGGCACGGCUCACUUUGCUGCGGUGCACAAGGUUUUUGGUGCGAGCAAUGCUUCAAAGAUGCUGCAGCGAAUACCGGCUCACAAGCGCGUCGAUGCCGUUGUUACACUCUGCUAUGAAGCUUUGGCUAGGGUUAGAGACCCUGUUUAUGGCUGUGUUGGCCACAUCUUUACCCUCCAACAACAGGUAGUGAAUUUACAGGCAGAGUUAGCCUACAUUCGGGCCCGUCUUUCUACGUUGCAGCGCUUCCCUCUAACGCCACCAUCUCAAGCCCAAUGCCUAUCGGCAACGAGUCUUCACUCCUCAUCAGAAAUAAGAUCUGACUUGGUGUCUUCUUCUGACAUGUCAAUGCACUUUUAUACACCACAACCACAACAGACUUCAAUCGAGCUCACAAGUUUUCCAAAUCCUUUUGGUCAAGAAAUGGAGAACGAGGAGCUUCAAGCUUUAGCCCGGGAAUUUGUCUCCAGAUAUCUUCCUGGUGUUCGAUGCCGGCCUUCGACUUCUAGUUAAAACUUCUGAUGUUGUUAACCAUAACCUUUCAUGUGCUUUGUCCCAGAUAACUGCUAUUGAUUCUGUAAUCUAAUGAAAUCGUACCCUUUUUUUUCUACUUGAGUUCACAAUUUCAUCCAAUGUUAGCGGCAGCGGUUCGUGUUUUUCAGCUUGUUCAAGGGUUCCUAUUUUCUGGAUUGUUACAAAUUUUUAGUGCUUCAAGUCAUGGAUGUCAUUUUUAUCCCCCCAACUUAAAAGAGUAAUUCGAUUUUCCA